AUGCUGGGGAACUGGAGGAGUAUUCCCUCCCACAUGUGCAGCAGCAGCUUCCCUCUGCUCUGGAUCUUCGUCGGCUUGAAUGUGGUGGAGGUGGCGGGGUCCCAGCAAGGAAUCCCCCUGUCAGUGGUAAAGCUCUGGGCCUCAGCAUUUGGUGGAGAAAUUAAAUCAAUUUCUGCAAAAUAUUCUGGAUCCCAGCUACUGCAGAAGAAAUAUAAAGAAUUGGAAAAGUCAGUCCGAGUGGAAGAAAUUGAUGGAGUUAAACUGGUCAGAAAUCUGGCUGUGAAGAUGGAGGAGAUGUUCCGCAAAAAAGCAGAGGCCACCCGGCGGCUGGUGGAGGCGGCGGAGGAAGCGCACCAUCAACACGAGGACAAUCCAGACCUGCAGUAUGAAUACUUCAACGCUGUGCUGAUAAACGAGGUGGACGAGGAAGGUAACAACGUGGAGCUCGGUGCAGAGUUCCUCCUGGAGCCCAACGACCAUUUCAAUAACCUGUCGGUCAACCUGAGCCUCAGCGUGGUGCAGGUGCCCACCAACAUGUACAACAAAGAUCCUGACAUAGUGAACGGAGUUUACUGGUCCGAGGCCUUGAAUAGAGUGUUUGUUGAUAAUUUUGAGAAAGACCCCACGCUCAUCUGGCAGUACUUUGGGAGCGCCAAGGGUUUCUUCAGGCAGUACCCUGGAGUGAAGUGGCAUCCAGAUGAACACGGCGUCAUCGGCUUCGACUGCAGAAAUCGAAAGUGGUAUAUCCAGGCAGCAACGUCUCCAAAGGAUGUGGUUAUCUUAGUGGAUGUUAGUGGAAGUAUGAAAGGACUGCGGCUGACCAUUGCCAGACAGACCGUCUCCUCCAUAUUAGACACUCUGGGAGAUGACGACUUCUUCAACAUAAUUGCAUAUAAUCAGGAGAUUCACUAUGUGGAGCCUUGUCUGAAUGGCACGCUGGUGCGGGCCGACCGAACCAAUAAAGACCAUUUCCGUGAACAUCUGGACAAGCUGUUUGCCAAAGGGAUCGGGCUGCUGGGCGAAGCUCUGACCGAAGCGUUCACAAUCCUGAGUGAUUUCAAUCAGACUGGUCGUGGCAGCUUGUGCAGCCAGGCCAUAAUGCUGGUGACCGACGGGGCGACUCAAAUGUACGACAACGUCUUCGAGAGGCACAACUGGCCAGAAAGAAAGGUGCGGAUCUUCCCCUACCUGAUCGGACGAGAGUCGGCGUUUGCUGAUAACCUGAAAUGGAUGGCUUGUGCCAACAAAGGAUAUUUCAGUCAGAUCUCCACCUUAGCAGACGUUCAGGAGAACGUGAUGCGGUACCUUCACGUCAUGAGUCGACCGAAGGUGAUCGAUCACGAGCACGACACAGUGUGGACUGAAGCUUAUGUGGACAGUGCUCUCUCACAGGCUCAUAAAUUGAAAGCCAAAUCAGGCCCAAGUCUAAUGACCACAGUAGCCAUGCCAGUCUUCAGCACAAAGAAUGAAACGAAGAACCAGGGUAUUCUGUUGGGGGUCGCAGGAACAGACAUCCCUCUGCAGGAGCUGAUGAAGCUCAUCCCCAAACAUAUGUUAGGGAUCCACGGGUACGCGUUCGCCAUCACGAACAACGGCUACAUCCUGACCCAUCCGGACCUCAGGCCUCUGUACCAGGAGGGUCAGAAGAGGCGGAAGCCAAACUACAGCAGCGUGGAUCUCUCUGAGGUGGAGUGGGAGGACAAAGACGACAUUCUACGUAACGCUAUGGUGAACAGGAGAUCAGGGACGUUCUCUAUGGAGGUGAAGAAGACAGUGGACAGAGGGAGGCGCGUCCUGAAAAUGCACAAUGACUAUUACUACACUGACAUUAAAGGAACUCCAUUCAGUGUCGGAGUGGCUCUGUCCAGAGGACAUGGAAAGUUCUUCUUCAGGGGAAAUGUGUCAGUCGAAGCAGGGCUCCGUGAUCUGGAACAGCCAGAUGUCGCCCUGGCAGAUGAAUGGACCUACUGCAACACAGAGGAGCAGCAUGAGCAUCGUCACCUCACACAGAUUCAGGCCAUCAAGCUCUUCUUGACGGGUCGCAGACCACAGCUCAAAUGUGACAGAGAGCUGAUCCAGGAGGUUUUAUUUGAUGCGGUGGUGACUGCUCCACUGGAGGCCUACUGGACCGGACUGGCCCUCAACAAGUCAGAGAACUCAGACAAAGGGGUGGAGAUCACUUUCCUGGGAACACGCACCGGCCUGUCCAGGACCAACCUGUUUGUCCCGGCAGAUCAGCUCUCCAAUCAAGAUUUCCUGACAGCGGAGGACAAGGAGGGUGUGUUUAAUGCUGAUCACUUCCCCCUGUGGUACAAGAGAGCAGCAGAGCAGGUCCCCGGCACGUUCAUCUACUCCAUCCCCUUCAGCACAGAUAAUAAGAGCGUGGUUUUGGCCAGCACAGCAAUUCAGCUGCUCGAUGACAGAAAGUCUCCAAUUGUUGCAGCUGUCGGGAUUCAGAUGAAGCUGGAGUACUUUCAGAGGAAGUUCUGGACGGCCUGCAGACAGUGUACGGCUCUUGAUGGAAAAUGUAGCAUUAGCUGCGACAAUGAGGACAUUAACUGUUAUCUCAUCGACAACAACGGAUUCAUUCUGGUCACAGAGGAGCACUCUCAGACAGGGCUUUUCUUUGGAGAGGUGGAGGGGGCUGUUAUGAACAAACUUCUCCAGAUGGGGUCCUUCAAAAGGAUCACUCUGUAUGACUACCAGGCCCGAUGCAAAGAGUAUGCUGGGAGCAGCGACAGCGCACGCACUUUAUCUGACCCUUUCACUGUGGUUAAGUGGCUCCUGGCUGAACUUGUCAUUUUUCUGCUAGAAUUUAACUUGUACAGCUGGUGGAACGUGGACCUGACAGUAAAAGCUCAGUGGCCUCGGGGUAAAUCCAUGAUGGUUCCAUGUGACACAGAGUACCCUGCUUUUGUCUCUGAACGCACCAUCAAAGAAACAACAGGCAACAUCGACUGUGAGGGCUGCACCAGGUCUUUUGUCAUACAGCAGAUUCCCAGCAGCAACCUCUUCAUGGUUGUUGUGGACAAUAAGUGUGACUGCAGCAGUUCUCCUCCAGUAACCAUGGAUCCCAUCGAGAUCAUGUACAACGAGUCCCUGAAAUGUUACAGACUGAAGUUUCAGAAGGACAGAAAGAAACCUGAAUCCUGUCAUCCGUUCCACCCUGAGGAAAAUGCCAUGGAGUGUGGUUCAGCAACACGCCUCUCCGGUGCCCUAACAGCGGCUCUGCUCCCUCUGAUAGCAGCGGCCGUCAGCAGGUGA